AUGGCAAAGGAGGUCCAAGACUCACGGAGUGGCGAAAUAAAGCAAACAGCUGGGGAUCUUGAUGAAUUUAUGACCAAGGUAAGAAGGGGUGCUCGUGUUUCAAAUGAUGAAAUUUUAGGCUUUGCCAAGUUGUUCAAUGAUGAGCUCACUCUGGAUAACAUCAGCAGGCCUCGAUUGGUAAACAUGUGCAAAUACAUGGGUAUCGGCCCAUAUGGUACAGAUGCGUACUUGCGUUAUAUGCUUCGGAAGAGACUUCAAAAGAUCAAGCAUGAUGAUAAGAUGAUUCUAGCAGAGGGUGUGGAGUCCCUUUCGGAGGAGGAGCUCCGUCAAGCAUGUCGAGAUCGGGGCUUACUUGGGUUGCUUUCAGUUGAUGAAAUGCGGCAACAGUUAUGUGAGGCUCUUAUGUCUCUUUGGGAUGGGGGUCUCAUUUCCCGUGAAGGGAUACCUGGUUUUCUUACCAUGUUAAUCUAA